ACUAAGAAAAUAGAGUACUCUGUUAAAGCUAGAACAUGGCUACCAUGGCAGUAGAAGCAGAGAUGAAAUGGGUGGCAUGGUCGCAGCUAGUGUUGGCAAUGGUGGUGGUGCAAGUCUUCUCAACAGGGCUACAGCUUCUUAGUCGGGUCAUUCUGACUAAUGGAACCUUCGUCUUUGCACUCACAACCUAUCGUUUUGUGGUUGCAACUCUCUGUGUUGCUCCUCUUGCUCUAUACUUCGAAAGAGGUGAUGUAAUGAAGUUGAAGACGUUUACUAUUUGGCUAUGGCUAUUCCUCAAUUCAACAAUAAUAGAGGAAUUGAGAUUGGCAAGCAAUGCUAGCAAGGCGAAGACAACAGGUGUGUUCUUGUGUGUAGAAGGAGCCUUUAUUACUACUCUUUAUAAAGGAAAAGCAUUCCAUUUCUACAUAUCUCAGCAUAUCACUCAUUAUCCUUUUGCUAUGCCCAUUGGAGUCAAGACUAAUUGGAUACAUGGAACUUUGUUCCUUAUAGGAAGUUGCUUCUGCUAUGCUACCUUUUAUCUAAUGCAGGUCAAGGUGAAAGAAGUUUCUCUGUCAAAGUAUUGGACGACAAUGAUAACAUGCACCAUAGCAUCUGCACAAUCAACCGUUGUAGGGGAUGCUAGCUACUACAACAACGUACUGCUUACUUAUAUGGGCAAUUUCAAAACGAGGACCGAGUUAUCCCCUUAUGUUCAAUCCCUUGGGGUUGGUUUUUGUAGUGAUAUUAGAGGCCCUCCUUCUAGGAGCAGAGAUCCGUCUUAGGGCAUAAGUAUGAUUUUGUAGUUUUCCAAAUCAUCCUAGUUGAUUUAAUAUUAAUGGUUUUUGUAUGAUAUCAGGAUAUUAGGAAUGAUAUUGAUAAUACUGGGAUUAUACUCAUUUGUGUGGGGCAAAAAUAAGGAGAUGGAAAUAAGAGCUUGCCUCCAAUAAUGAGUAGUUGAUGAA